AUGUUCAGCGCUAUGGCUGCCUUGCAAGCUGGCGAAAUCACCAUGACAGCACACAACUGGCCAACAUUCUUUUAUGAACAUGACAUUUACAAUGCUGCUGAGAAGACACAUGGCCUGUUUCAAAACCAUAUUGUUCUGAGGUUUUAUAAACAUCUUUUCAUUGGACCAUCAUCCGUCAUGAAUGACUCAUCAAAUGUUCGCAACUCUACGAAGCCAUCCCAAAAUCGUGCAUGGGGACUGAUGGCUGUUAACAAAUAUAUCAUCGCAUAUGUUCAUAUUAUCACAUACUUUACAAUCAGCAGCGCGCAGCACUGGACAUGGUGUAUCGGUGACAUGGACUUGGAUGAGCUCCUCUGGGCUAUCAUUGAAAUGCUAGACAACGAUGACGAUCCAUGGGUCAAAGACACCCUUGUGGAACAGGUACAUUUUUCUAUCUGGCACCUCAAACCAACCAAGGACAACUCGCACUUGGCCAAACUUAUGCAAAAGGAAAGUGAGGACAACAUUGUGCAGAUUCGUGCUCAACGAACUGCACAUCAUUCUGCUUUAGCUAAGUCAAAUGCACCGUCAUGUCCAGGCCACCCUAACGAGCUUCAAGAGCCCUUGACAAGUGGCAAGUGCACCUGCCCUGUGGAGCACCGCCCUCAUCAGGCAAUUGACCUGAAUCUUUUAUGA